AAGAAAACUUAAAUGGGGAUGGACCCUCUGGAGUGGAUGGGGAAGGAGAACAACACCUCAGUGACUGAAUUCAUCCUCCUCGGUCUCUCCAGCAAACCAGCGGAGGAGCUCGUCCUCUUUGGGGUCUUCACAGCCAUCUACCUGGUAGCCCUGAUGGGCAAUGUGCUUAUCUUACUGCUGGUCAGCCUGGACUCCCGGCUCCACACUCCCAUGUACUUCUUCCUGGGAAACCUCUCCAUGGUGGACAUCGGCUACACCAGCUCCACCGUGCCCAAGAUGCUGGCCAAUUACCUGUCAGGGGACAAGUCCAUCUCAUGGGCCGGUUGCCUCUCCCAGAUGUUCUUCUUCAUCUCCUUUGGGGGGAUCGAAUGCCUGAUUCUGGGGGUCAUGGCAUAUGACCGCUACGUGGCCAUCUGUCACCCGCUACGCUAUGGCAUGUUCAUGAGCCAGAGGGUGUGCACUCUGUUGGCUGCAGCUGCCUGGGCCAUGGGCUUGACCAACUCGGCCGUGCACUCAUCCCUGAUGUCCAUCCUGUCCUUCUGCCGGGGCAACGUCCUCCACCACUUCUUCUGCGACAUCCCCCCGCUCUUCCAGCUCUCCUGCUCUGACACUCGGGCCAACCAGGCUGUCACCAUUGUUUCUUCAGUGGCAAUCACCGAGGUUGUCCUUCUUGGUUUCUCCAGCCUCGGCCAGCUGCGGCUGCCCCUCUUCCUCCUCUUCCUCGUGAUGUACGUGCUAACACUGCUGGGGAAUGCUUUGGUUAUCAUCAUGAUCAGGCUGGACUGCCGCCUCCACACACCCAUGUACUACUUCCUCAGCCACCUCUCACUGCUGGAGCUGCUCAUCACCACCACUGUCACGCCCACGAUGCUCCUUCUCCUCCUCUCCCAGCGCAAGACCAUCUCCUUCUUGGCCUGUGCCCUCCAGGGCUACGUCUACUUCCUGGCAGGCUCAGCUGAAGUUCUUCUGCUGGCCGCCAUGUCUGUGGACCGCUACGUGGCCAUCUGCAACCCACUGCGCUACACGGCCAUCAUGAGUGGCCGGGUCUGCCUCAGCCUGGUGUUGUCCUGCUGGAUGAGCAGCUUCCUCUUUAUCUCGACUUCCAUGGUGCUCAAGGCCAGGCUACCCUUCUGCGGGCCCAACGCCAUCGACCACUUCUUCUGUGACAGUGGCCCCUUGCUGCAGCUGAUCUGCGCAGACACUAACCUCCUCUGGGCCCUGGACUUGGCCAUCUCAUCCUUCCUCCUCCUCAGCUCCAUCUCUGUGACAACGGCGUCCUAUCUCUGCAUUGUCACCACGGUGAUGAGGAUGCCCUCAGUCCAGGGCAGGCAAAAGGCCUUCAGCACUUGCACCUCCCACAUCAUGGUGGCCUCACUCUACUAUGGCAGCUCCAUCUUCAUCUACGUCAACCCGACUGACAACUCCUCUGCGGGCUUCAACAAGGCAGCCACGGUGCUAAACACGGUGGUGACGCCCCUGCUCAACCCUGUCAUCUACAGCUUCAGGAACAAGGCAGUGAAGGAAGUGCUGAGGGAUGGGAUGGGCCGGAUGGGCAUGGCUCUCCCAAAGAGUGCUUGA